AUGUCUGCUUUUGGGAGAGAAGGCACGGCCAUGCUCGAAACUUAUGACGGCUCGACAUGUGGCGGAGCCGUGCCCCCAAAGGAUUGGCAGCUCAUAUAUGCCAAUCGACACCGGUUCUCCGUCGACAAGCAGACGGAGACCCAGGGCCGAGACACUCCUCGCACGCCCGAAGCGCUCUCAUUCUCGACAUUACCGAACUCCCAUCGUGAAUCGAUAUUUGGCUAUCCACACGUCCACUACAGCGGCUUCGUAUCACAGCGAAGGCAUUUCGACGACAUUUUGGAGCGUACCGAACCGGUGACGCUGCCAGUGAAUACUAGUACAGCUCCCAUGUUGGCAGAAGCCGCCGAGGGUUUCAGCCGCUCACAUGCGGCCGAAUGGGAGAAGGCGGCCAACAGCCAGCCCUUAGUACUUCAUGAGACCUUCUUGUAUCCCAGUCACUCAGCAUCCGCUCGCUCGGUUCGGGAGGGGAGUCUCGGGCCUGUUUUGGAUCGGGAAGCGUCCGUGGCAAAUCUGCCAUCAUCGUCCGACCGGCGGAGGGCUAGUCCGCUACGUCAACCUACUCCCUCAGCUGGGCUCCUCGAGCACCGGACUGUGCACAUCCGCCCAACAUCAUUCGAGCGUUUGAUUGAGCAACAGGGCUUAUCACAGGCUCUCAGCCACUCCACCCGUCCCCAGGAGAUGCGCUCUCCAGGGAAUGGCGAGUCGGCGUCCUCAACGCCAUCUUCCAGCAACUUGUCAACGCCAUCCUCUGGAACUAUCUCACUGGCAUCAUCAAGCGACGUCUCAUCAAUAUCGUCCACAGAUAGGCCCGUGGAAAAUGCCAGCCGCGCCAUAUCCUCCGUCGCGGACUGGGAACCGUAUCGUUUCCGCAAGGAAUUCCGAACAGGAAGUGGCUGGGGCCAGACAGUUUGGUACAAGCUCUCUGGGCACGAUGCCAUUUCUGAGCCACCGGUGUCCCUUGACGCCGACCCCGCGGAUCUCUUCUUGUACGAACACAAAGGUCAGAAGAGGGUGUACAUGUGGAUCUGCGAAGCUCGCGGCUCGUGGCGACGGAUACGGGUGGGGGACCCUCAUCCGGUGUUAGAACAUCGCCGUUUCCAUAUUCAACAAUCUGGCGAACCCAGCUGGGUGACCAAAGAGACGCUCAGUGGGUAUAACAGUCGGAAAAAGAGGGAGCGUCGAUAG